AUGUCGUUUAGUGCGAUAUGGACACAAUUCUUCCCUCCUCGCAGUGGUGCACCGCUCACCGAGGACAAUUUGCCCAGUCAAGCUGGCAAAGUAUUCAUUGUGACCGGUGGCUCAUCUGGCCUUGGCUAUGAAAUUUCGCGCAUCCUCUACGGCGCUGGCGGCAAGGUCUACAUCCUAACGCGCUCAGAGGAACACGCAAAAGAGGCUAUUGCCAAAAUAGAGGCACAUUAUGCCGACGCCGGAAAUACCAGUGCUGGAAGUCUGGUCUUCGUGAAUAUGGAUUUGAUGGACUUUGCCACAGUCAGGGCGGCAGCCCACAAGUUCUUGGAACUUGAAGGACCGAAUGGGAGACUGGACAUUUUGUUCAACAAUGCAGGUACUGGUGCCCUCAAGAACGCUCCUUCAAGUCGCCAAGGGCUCGAGUACCAUUUCGUCGUCAAUUCCCUCGGCCCGUAUCUGUUGACGCGACUUCUCACACCCAUCCUAACCAAAACGGCCCAGUCAUGCCCAAAAGACAGCGUGCGUGUGGUCUGGCCAGCUUCCAUCUUGGUGGAAAUGGGGUCGCCGAAAGAGGGCAUACAAAAGAAGUUUCUUGAGGAUACCGCGACAGUCAAGGACGAGAACGAGCUGUAUACUACAUCCAAAACAGCUAAUUGGUUCCUCGCAUCCGAGCUGGCGCGCCGUCAAGCGAAAGGUGGAGGCGUGGUACAUAUCGCGGGCAAUCCCGGACAGUACAACACCAACAUAUGGCGGCAUACGCCCAGCAUCCUGUAUUAUGUUCUAUGGCCUAUCCUCCGAGAUCCCAUUCAUGGCGCAAAUACAUACCUGUGGAUGGGCUUUUCAGAGGCUGUCACGAUGGAAGACAGCGUUACGGGCCGCUAUGCUAUUUGUGAGGGGAGGUGGCACCCUGGACAGCGGAAAGACCUCAUUUUGGCGCUCGUGUCCGCCAAGGAGGGGGGUUCGAAUCGGGCGAGCGAGUAUUUUGACUGGUGUGAGAAGCACAUCCAGGAUUUCGUAGGCAAGGAUGAGACUAGACUUGCUAGUAGUCUGUAG